AUGGCCACCUUGAUUAAACCCAACUCCUCUGCUUUAGUUAGCGCGUUGGGUCUCGGCCCGGUGCUGCCCCUCAACAGCUUCGGGAACGUGCUGCUGUUCCUUUUCAAUAUCGUCCUGGCCACGGCUAUAAUCUUUCUGAACGUGUCCGUGUUCGUGUCCAUCCUGCUGAACAGGUCGCUGCGCGGGGAGAACCGCUUCAUGUACAUGCUGAGCACGUGUCUGAGCGACGUGUGCUCCGGAGUGUCGUACUACUACUGCGGCGUGCUGGACGUGCGCGACAGCUACGACUCUCCCACUCGCACCUACUACGUAGCGCCCACCUUCCUGGGUCUGUCCUACAUGGCCAUUUUAGCGGCCCAAGCAGACCGCUACCACGCCGUGUCCGCGCCAUUCAGGUACUCGCAGCGCAUGACGCGCGGCCGCACGCUGGCUGUGAUCGCUGCCUACUGGGUCUACGCGUUCGUCAUUGUGGCCGUCAAUGACCUCGUGACGAUGGGCGUUGCGAAGCAGGUCACGGGCUUCGGCACUUUCGUGGGCAACAUUUUCACAGUGAUCAUCAUGAUCGGGCUGAACGUGCGCCUGUUCCUAAUCGCCAGGUACCAGCUGGAGCGCGAGCCGGCCAGCGCGAAGCGGGAAAACAAGCGCGAGUCCGUCUAUCUCAUAGUGGUCGUGGCCGUGUGCUUUCUUGUGUCCUGGCUGCCGAUAUUCUUGCACAUCAUCGUGUGCAAUUUCUCUGGCCUACAGUGCUACUCGUUCCGAAACGAAGGCUCGGACCCGCUGCGCAUCCUGCCGCGCGUAAACGCCACCCUCACCCCCAUACUGUACAUCAGGGGCUGCGCGGGACUCCGAGCCACACUGCUCACCCAGGUGUGGAGAGUGUGCUCCAAACGCAUGGGGUAA